UCGCCAUAUUGGGCACUGAAAAGGCUCGUCUGUUCGUUCAUCUCUCUUACUACAAACUCGAACUGACAGGAGUGGCUUUUGCGAGUGCACUUUGUUUUGAUGAUCCGUGGAGAUUACUUUUGCUCGCAUUGCUACAUUGGCCGUUCAGUUGUUGCAGUUCGGUUUUACGCCUGGCAUGCCUACGUUUGCCUUGAUCACAGUCAUUUUCGCCUGUUUUGGAUCGCAUUGAAGUAGGAGGAAAUACGUGGUUGUAAUCGCUUGUUUGCUCGGUCUUUUACACGCGUAAAAUGUCAAACGUUCGUCUUUCAAAUGGAAGUCCGACUUUGGAAAGGAUGGAUGGUGGGUUGUCGGAUAACCCCAAGCCUUCGUUCUGCAGAAACCUGUUCGGAUCGGUGGAUCACGAAGAGUUAAGGAGGGAUUUAAAGCAGCACUUGCAGGAGAUGGAACAGGCAUCGUCCGCUGAAUGGAAUUUCGAUUUUAAAAAUGACGAGCCGCUGCCAGCCGGGAGGUACCAGUGGGAACGCGUGAACAGCAGAGAUUUGCCUGAUUUUUACAGUCGGCAGCCGCCGGCUUCUAAGAACGUUUGCCGUUCUGGGAAUAACAACGUGGAUCUUAAUGGGAAUCAUAACUGUAUGAUCGCUUCUCAUCGCGAAGACAGCAUCGAAGACAGGCUUUCCAAGGAGAAAACGGAGAAGUCAGAAAGUCAGAUGGAUUGCAGAGACCAAUGUAGCGGACAGAGGAAAAGACCAGCGAGUCAUGACUCUUCGUGCCAAAAUAAAAGGUCACACACCAGUUCGGACGAAGUUGCUCGUUGCCCGGUCUUGACACAUUCGGUAGAGCAUACACCCAGGAAAUCCAGUCCCAAGGCACAGACGUGAACAUUGUGAAGAGUUGAAGAUGUAACUCCCCUUUUCAUGGAAUACAGUGGUUGAUGAAGUAAAGAGGGACUACAUUUUAAGAAAAACAAAAGCAUAUCGUCUCUCCCGAGGACGGGGAUGCUGUACAAGCA